GUUGAUCUCCGGGAGGUGGAUAGGUUGCGGGACCUCGCAGACACCACCGAAAACAGAAAUGACGUGUUCUUGGGGGCAAUGGCAUUUGGGGACGUGUUACCCCAGCCCCAUGACGCCGGUCUAAGGUUGGACCGGAUGGGAGACCCUUUGGCAGAGCGUGCCUGGAUGCUACUUUCUGGUAUUCAGUACCCUGGAGACAGGACUGACUGCCCAGACUCACUGGCUGCGGACAGGUUUCACUUGUAUCGCGUAUCUGCAACAGAAUACGUCAUAAUGGACUCCUGCUGCAGACUGGACCCAGAACUCACCAUUCCCAUCGUCCUACUGACGAACCCCUGCUUUGAGGUGGAUCGUUGGUACUGGUGCUACGUAGGACUGCACAGAGGUUUCGAUAAGAAGGAACUGAGAGGGUCUGAGCGAAAACGCACCUGGAGGUCGAGUCCCAUGGGGGACGCGUUGGCCGAGCAUGCAACCUACUUGCUGGACGCGGAAAGGAACUACUAUAACGAUGGGCCAGCGUGCCAGGUACCACGAAGGUUUGAAUGUAACUUUGUAGGCGGAGGGCUCUACGAGGUCUAUGACACGGCACUGCAGUUCGCAGCCACCGUAUCGGAGGAACUACUGUUGAACUCAAGGUUCAACGUCUCCAAUUGGUAUGCAAAACAACUCGCCCAGGGAUUCCACGCAUUGCAGGAUGCCAUGGAGGAAUGGUCAUGCGAAUGGAACCUG